AUCUGCUCGAACCACAUAAAGCUCACCGCGCAGUAACACGUGUUUGCCUUUUGUGUGACUUCCAAAGACCAACCACAACAACCAAACACUUCUAGAUACCAUCAAGCUGUUUCCUCUCCCACUUUUCUUCCACGCAUAACACCCACGGAAAGAAACCUUACCUACCUACACAAUGGCUCCCUCCCACAGCGAAGUAUCCAACCGUCCCAAGAACGAGAACGACCACCUCGAGACAGGUCAGCAAAUUGCCCACGGCUCCGCCGGCGACCAGAAUCUCUCCCCGAAGGUCGCCCGUGCAGAUAAGCAGGCUCCUGCACCUGAACACGAGCAUGGGGCCGGAAUUCCAGGUAUGAAUGCCAGUGGAGGCUCCAGUCAGGGGCUGUCGACGGGGCCGAAUGCUGGUCAAGGGAAGGGACCGCUGAAGCCUUGAAGUGAUUGGGCGCGCGGCUUCAUUAGUGGUGCUUCUAGGUCGUUAAUAAAAGCCUUCAUAUUGACUUACUGGCUUGAUUCAUCACAUCACUUUAAUGUGCAAUGCGGCCUGAUUGCAAGGGGGUUGUAAGAUGCGCAGUUGAGGGUUAAUACGGACUUGGGACUUGGGACUUGGGAUUUGGGAAAUUUCCAACAAAGAGGUGUAAACUAGCUUAGCUCGCGGCCCGCGAGUAGGUUUUACAGAUAGUUUGAAGCAGUC